AUGCCAAGAAGGUUCUAUGGUUCUAAGUCAGUACUCCCUGUUCUUCAAGCUGCGGUCAAUUGUCUGGCUAACAACUUUUAUACCUAUACGUACAACGAGCUAAAGGAAUUUGACGAGUUAUGGUAUGACGAAGAUGAUGAUUGUUUUUAUUUUGAAGUCCAUCAAUGGGAGGAAGGUGAAACUGAGAUGUGCUACGUGGUCAUGAACCCUGACAAGGAAGAACAUGAAGAGUACAGAUUCUGUACUACUCCUCAUUGGUCCAAUUACAGGGACGAAAUGAUCUGUGUUGAUCAUCUCGCACUCCUCAGCAACGGACCUUACAAGGUGGAUUGGCUGUCCACCGGAGAUGACGAUUCCGAAGUUGAUGACGCUGUUUAG